AUGGAGGAGCGCCCCGGCAGUGCCCCAUCAGCGCCCGAUGGGCUUGCAGGCCAGGCGCCACCAGCCCUUGUACCACCCAAGCCCGCGGCUGUGGCUCUGCAGCAGCAGGCCGGUGGCGCCCCUGCCAGCGUUAUCGGCGCGGACAGCCGCGGAUCCAAUGAAGACGCGGCGUCGGCGGCGCUCAUUGCCCUCGGCCUGCCGCGCCUCGCUGCGCCGCCCAUAUCCGAUAGCGGCGCCGCGGCGGAGGCGGCCACUGAGGCAUUUGACGGGGUAGUAAGGGUGGCAGAGGCGCUGGGCCUGGGUCCUGAGCAGCUGGGCGUGGUGUGUGCUGCAGUGGAAGCAGCAACAACGCGGGAUGCGGCCGCAUGCCACGUGUUCCUGGGCAUCACCUACCGGCGGCUGCAGAUUGCGUGCGCGGCAGGGGAGGCCGCUGCGGCGCGCGCCUGGAUGGGAGAGAUGGCGAAGCGCAGUGGCUGA